CUCCCUCAGAGUGGCAAUGAUUGCGCAUCUUACCCGUACAUCCAUUUUUGUCACUUUGUCAGUUUUCUGGAUGGGAGGAGGAGGAUGGCCGCUGCUGCAGUAGCCUAGAUAGUUAUAUUUUUGCUUAGAACCAUACAGCGGCGCUACUUGUAGUUUGCUAACUUAGCUAGUCAGAGUGCAUGAGUGCUCACAUGGGUUUCUAGUCAUUCACUGAAACUACGAAAGCUUCCACUCAAAGAAUAAGAGAUGCUUAAAAAAGCUGACCUCCCCACCGGCUCACCGAAGAAGUAAGGUUAUCUGAUGACAGCAUCCGACAGACGAGGGAGGUUGUCGCAAUAAAACAUCCACCAGAGUAAGCAAAAUGAGUCGUCUGUGCUCAGUCAACAACAAUUUCCCAUAUGACAACAACACACUGGUCCUGGACAUGGUGCUCAGCUCUCUCUGGGGAAUGCCACAGCCCAUCAACUGGGAGAGUGUGGCUCAGCUGGUCCCUGGUUUUACUCCAAAGGAGUGUGCACGUAGAUUUGAGGAACUGAAAAGCACUGGCAGUUUCCCCCUCGUGGAUGAGCAGUGUAACCCUCUGACGGUGGGUGGGAGCUCACCAUCAGACACUCUCUCCUCCUACAUCAAGUCGUCUCUGCUGGAGCUGACCGGAGACACAGGAGAUGCACGUGCCAACCAGAGCACCAUCUCAGUUUCAGGCCUUACGGUUUUGCCCUCUGGGAGAGGAGCAGCGGCUGAGACCGAGAGCAAUGUGGCGUCCGAAGAGGGAGAGAGGGUGAACACUGGGACGAGCCAUAACAUGGUCAUCCACGUGUGCGACGAGGCUAAGAAUCUGAAGCAGGACUUUGUGUGCCCCCGGGAUCUGCUGAUCAGUGAGAUGCGCUACUUCGCCGAGUAUCUGUCAGUGGACGCCCAGCGCUGGGAGGAGGUCGACAUCUCGGUGCACUGCGAUGUGCAGAUUUUCGACUGGCUCAUGAACUAUGUCAAGAGGAAUGCCGACACUGAGAAUCACUACGAGAAGCCCAAGCUCGAACCCAGCAAUGUGAUCUCAAUCCUGAUCUCCUCUGAAUUCUUGAAGAUGGACACAUUAGUUGAAGAUUGUGUUCAGUUCUGUCACAAAAACAUGAGUGCCAUAGUAGCGACACCAUGCAAUAUGAACUGCAUCAACAGCAACCUGGCUGCACGCAUAGCCGACCUCUUCAAUCAUAACGAAGCGGAUGACAUUAAGGACAAAAAGGACAAAUUCAAAAGCAAAUUAUUCCAGAAGAAAAUCGAGAGGCUGUUCGAACCUGAUCGUGAGAACCCCGACUCACCAGGGAGCGCUGCCACUCUGUACAGGUGUGGUCUCUGCCAAAAACUGUUGACCAAGGACACGGAGAGGAAGAUCCCUUGUGUCCCAGGGAAAAUCAACAUCGACCCUCACGGCAACAUUAUAUACAAUCACACCAGGCACAAGGGCUGGGAGAUCCAUGACUAUCUGAAUGGUUUGUAUGAGGAGCUCAAGUCGUGGGUGCUGGCCUACUGGAGGAUCUGGGGAACCAUCAACUCCCUCACUUGCUCAUGUUGUAAACAGACGUUUUUAUGCACUGAGCUGUCCCACUGCAAAUAUCACCCGGAGGCGGUGGUGUACGCGGGCAUAGGGGCAGAGCAGGCCUGGCACGGCACGGGCAUCUACCCCUGCUGCAACCAGAGAGUGCUGCGCUUCGACCCCACAUGCAUGCCCAAGGGUUGUAAGAUGCGGGAUCAUGUCGUUGGGGCAUCGGAUGGUGGUGACUGCAGCGGUCAGCCGGUGAGUACAGCACAGACGGGACUGCUCGAUGACCUCCUGCUUCACAGGGAUGACGUGUGUAUCACUUCUGCCCCACAACCUGAGAGUCCUGUGGAGUCACCUCCAGUGGGAGAGAAAGCAACAGACUGCGACAUCCUUUUGGAGCCGGGUGUCCUGUCCUGUCUUAGAACAGGAGAACUCACUGCUUUUUCAUUGCUGAAAAACUGGAAUCUGCAGUUGCGUCCUCAGUCUCUGCUCUCUGAGGAUGAAGACUACACCACUGGGUCAGAGGUCACUGAAGAUGAGGUUGGGGAUGAGGAGGAGGUUUCAAAGAAGCAAGCUGCAAAGAAAGCAAGGAAAUCGAACAAACCACUGAAGAGGCAGGUGUCCUCACCCAACUUUCAUCGCAAAGAGAGGAGUGUGGAGAAGGCUGCCUCACGAGAUUCCACUCCAUUCACUGUAAGCAUCCAAAAGAGUAAAUGGGACAGUUCCCGAUCCAUGCGGUUCAACCAGGAUGCCCAGAGAGAAGACGAUCAACGGAGGAUGAUGGAAAUUAUUGGACAUCUCACGAAGCUGAGGUUUGGUGAUGUAGAACAAAGCAAAUCCAAGGAUGUGAAAGAGUAUGCAGGAGGAAUCUACUCCAGGCUUGAGGCUCAGUUCAGGAGUGCUUCCCAAGGAAGUGGACGACACAGUAGCUCUGAGAAGACCCACAGAGGAAAGUCACGCUUCGGGCAGUCCAGACCAACAUAAGAGCUGCAGCAUGUGGACUGGAGAAGAAAACAAGAUGCUCAGCAGCAGUGCAGUCCAGAUGGGUCCUCCAGCGCCCCCACAUCCCUCCGCCUCCUGCUCCCCUCCAGCCCUAGAGCCGCUCAGAGGCCCACUAUGGCGCUGUCUGGUUCGGCUCCACUUCUGGACCGGAGUCCCCAGCCUGCUUGGUCUGCAGUAGCGUAGGUAGUUCUAAUCACCUGAAAUAACUGUGGCCCUAAGUUCAACUCACAUGACUUUGACUGAUCACCUCCAUUCACUUCCAUUAAUUUCUGUGCAAGGAUUUAGUACUUUACUGAGGGGGAAAUGCUAUGGUGACGUGAAUGAAUGGUUAACCCUGAUGGUCCCAUGCCUGACUUCAUCCCUACCUUCUUGUGGCAUGUAGGCUUAAAACAUUUGCAACAUUGAGGCCAAAAAGAGUCUUCAAAAGUCUUAAAUAAAAAGUGUGAAAUCAA